AGACAGGGAACCCAGAGCAGCAAAAGCAUAUAUGGAGAGAGAAAGAGUGUGUUUGUGUUGACGAGAGAGCUUCACAAAUAAACUCACAAAACCAUAUGAUUUUUCUUCUUCUGGGUCUUUGAGACCAUGAAGUAGUAGUUGUAGUAGAUUAUACCCUUUUGAGUUUUUUUUUUCUUCUCUUUUUUUUUUCUCCAAAAUCCUUAUUUCCCCCGAAAUCUAGACUAGCUAAGAUCUCUUGUGGGGUAUUUGAGAUUUCUUUUUUUUUUCCAAGUGUUUUGAAGAGGUGAAUCUAGUUUGAGAGAUAUAGAAGAAGUCCAUUAAUCUUGCACCUAUGAGGAUCCGUAAGAGACAAGUGCCUUUCCCUCUCUUGCCGGCGACUUACUCAGAUCCCAACCUGAUCAACCGGUCACCGGUGAUGGUGCAACUCAACGAUGCCACCAAAGCUUCUUCUUGCACUCAUCAUCAUGGUUCAACCACCACUGCACCCUCACCCCUCUUGGAUUGUCCUCAGCCGUCCGAUCAGCCUCUCCCACUGAUUGGGAAGCCCACCAACGGCUCUGAUGAGUCCUCCAGAGAAGGGCAAAAGAAGCAAGAAGAAGAGUCUUCGGUGAAAGAUGGGAGAAGGAAAGAAGAGGGAGAGGGACAUAAGGGUAAUGGUGCCAGGAGAGGAAGCAUCUCAUGUUCAGAAAAGCUGGCUGAAACAUUUUCAUCUCCAACAAGCCCUCCUAAACAAGAUGGGAGAUGGUGCGAGGGAGAUAAAGCUUUUCCACCCAAGAAGCGAAGAGGGGCCUUCGAGAAUGCAACCGAAGAUAUCAACGUCAAUGAUGAUAACAACGAUAAGAAGAAUUCGAAGACCAAGACGAAGAGAAUGAAGAUGAAGAUGAACAAGAGUUCGAGGCAAGACGAUAGCAAUGAAGAAGAGGUAGAGAACCAAGAAGAGGCGGCAACAAAGGAAACGAAACCCGAACAAGCAAACGUUGGUAAGAAGAGGGUAAGGGGUAGUGCACUAAUGGAAGGUUCAAGGUGCAGUCGUGUAAACGGAAGAGGAUGGAGGUGUUUUCAACAAACCUUGGUGGGUUACUCUCUUUGCGAGCAUCACUUAGGGAAAGGAAGGUUGAGAAGCAUGACAAGUGUGAGAAACAAGUCCAUUGGGACAACAAGUGUUGCACCAAAGAACAAUAUUGUGCCUCAAUCCGAGCAUUCAUUCGGAAAGCAAACAACAAAGUCUAGUAGUAGUGUCACUGAAGAGUACCCUUUGGGAAAUGAUGCUGAAAACAAUGAUGAGAAGAAGCCAGUGAUUGUCACAAAGAGGAGGAUGAAGCUUGGAAUGGUGAAAGCUCGAUCCAUAAGCAGCUUGCUGGGCCAAACCAACACUGAAAUUGUUUCCAUAGCCGAGGAUAAUGAUAACAAAUAGCCAAGUAAGGCAAAAAAAAAAAAAAAACACUAAGUGCUGCUAUUAUUUCAUGUAUAACUUUUGCUUGAAAAAUAUUUUUAAUAAUAUGGACCUUGUUGUCUUAUACCUACAUGGGUGCAACUUCUUCCUAACAAACUAGCAUGGGAGAUGCUUUGAUUCCUUGCUUCCAUGUGUUUUAUAUGUUAUCGUUUUCUUCAUA